AGCCGCUGCCAUCUCGGCUUUGCUUGCCUCUCUAUGUGUGGGGGAGAGAGAAGGCUGCAGUGCACUACCCCUGCAUGCUUUUCUUGGCCUCACGCUUGCUCCAUGUUUGAGCAUACAUUACACGCAGCACGCAGUCCAGACACCCUCUCUCUCCCCCUCGCUCCGAGAGCCCCUUCCCUGAGACCCUGACGCUCUUGGGCGUGGCUCCCUUUGGCAAUGGAGGCGCCUCCAUCUUCUUCCCCCUCCCUGUUGCUCCUGCUCCUGCUGCUCAUUUCCUCCCCUUCAACUUCAAGUGCCCUCCUCUCCCCCAAGGGUGUCAACUAUGAAGUGCAAUCUCUGAUGACGAUCAAGAACCUCCUCAAGGACCCCCAUGGUGUGUUCAAGAACUGGGACCAGGACUCUGUGGAUCCCUGCAGCUGGGCCAUGAUCACCUGCUCACCCGAGAAUUUUGUCACUGGACUGGAGGCCCCAAGCCAGAAUCUCUCUGGCCUGCUCUCCCCAAGCAUAGGGAACCUGACUAAUCUUGAGACUGCUCUCCUGCAGAACAACAACAUAACUGGGCCAAUCCCUACAGAGAUUGGCAAGCUAGCAAAGCUCAAGACACUUGAUCUCUCUAGCAACCACCUGAAUGGUGAAAUCCCCACCUCUGUGGGCCACCUUGAAGGCCUCCAGUACUUGAGGCUCAACAACAACACCCUGUCUGGUCCAUUCCCUUCAGCAUCAGCUAAUUUGUCCCAGCUUGUUUUCCUAGACUUGUCAUAUAAUAACCUGAGUGGUCCAAUACCGGGAUCUUUGGCAAGAACAUUCAACAUAGUAGGAAAUCCUCUCAUCUGCGGCGCGAAUACAGAGAAAGAUUGUUACGGGACUGCCCCGAUGCCAAUGUCCUACAACCUGAAUAGCUCACAUGGUGCUCUAUCACCGGCGAAAUCUAAAAGCCACAAGUUUGCAGUUGCAUUUGGUUCGGCAAUUGGUUGCAUCAGCUUCCUUUUCCUUGCUGUUGGAUUUCUGUUCUGGUGGAGGCACCGUCGAAACCGGCAGAUCCUUUUCGAUGUUGAUGACCAACACAUGGAGAACGUUAGCCUUGGGAACGUGAAGAGGUUUCAGUUCAGGGAGCUUCAGUCCGCGACAGACAAUUUCAGCAGCAAGAACAUACUAGGAAAAGGCGGCUUCGGAAACGUUUACAGAGGGCAGCUCCCUGAUGGAACUCUUGUGGCCGUCAAGCGACUGAAGGACGGCAAUGCCGCGGGUGGUGAGGUGCAGUUCCAGACCGAGGUUGAGAUGAUCAGCUUGGCACUGCACAGGAAUCUCCUCAGGCUCUACGGGUUCUGCAUGACCGCCACAGAGAGGCUGCUGGUCUAUCCAUACAUGUCAAAUGGAAGCGUCGCGUCACGCCUGAAAGGAAAGCCUCCUUUGGACUGGGUGACCAGGAAGCGGAUAGCCCUUGGAGCAGCGCGGGGGCUACUGUACCUGCACGAGCAGUGUGACCCCAAGAUCAUCCACAGGGACGUCAAGGCAGCCAACAUACUGCUGGAUGACUAUUGCGAGGCCAUCGUUGGCGACUUCGGGCUCGCCAAGCUCCUCGACCACCGGGAUUCGCAUGUCACAACGGCGGUGAGAGGCACUGUUGGUCACAUAGCACCGGAGUACCUCUCCACCGGCCAGUCGUCUGACAAGACUGAUGUUUUCGGCUUUGGCAUCCUGUUGCUGGAGCUGAUCACCGGCCAGACUGCGCUGGAGUUUGGCAAGGAGGCAAACCAGAAAGGAGCCAUGCUGGAUUGGGUGAAGAAGAUGCACCAGGAGAAGAAGCUUGACGUGCUGGUGGACAAGGGACCGAGGGACGGGUACGACAGGAUCGAGCUGGAGGAGAUGGUGCAGGUGGCGCUGCUGUGCACGCAGUACCUCCCUGGGCACCGGCCGAGGAUGUCGGAGGUGGUGCGGAUGCUGGAGGGCGACGGGCUCGCGGAGCGGUGGGAGGCGUCGCAGCGCGCAGACUCGCACAAGUUCAAGGUGCCGGACUUCACCUUCAGCCGCUGCUACUCUGACCUCACUGACGACUCGUCGCUGCUGGUGCAGGCUGUCGAGCUCUCCGGUCCAAGAUGACAUGAGUCAUAGCACUAGCAGCAGCAGCAGCAGUUGUCCUUGUACAGCAUGAGGGUUGAAAACUCUGUGUAGAUUGGGAAAUAAAUUAAUCCAUACUACAUUAGUAACUAGUGAUGUGUAUUAGAUGAACUGUACAAAAGAAGAUCACAAGGUUUGUAAUGAUAUGGAUAAUUACAGAUUCAGUAGUUGAAGCAAUAAGACUUGCUGUAAAAUAGUUUGUCCUGAA